UGGGAGUGGCCGGGCGUGGGUCGCUGGUUGGGCCUGGGCGGAAGGGCAGCGGUGGUGGCUGGACGAAGGCCGGCGCGGCGGCUGUCCGAAGCUGGUCCCGGCCUUCUCCGCGGGCUUCGCGGGUGGAAUGGACACGGGAUCUGGCCAGCCUGCCACGAUCAACUCCCUGGCCUUUGCCGGCGUCAGACAGAGUGACAGUGUUCGCCGCUGUUGCCGGUCCUCGGCACAGCACAGGGACAGGGAAGGGGCUCCCUAAGCCUUUCGAAAACCUGAGGGAGGGACCGUGUUAGGGCUUUUAGAAACAUUACCAUCAUGUCAAACACUCAAGAGGCUGCUGACCAACUCCUGGAUGUGAACCUUCACGAGAAUGAGAGAUCUCAGCGAGAGAUAGAAAGUGAUGUCGGAAAGAAAUCUGAGCAUCUCUGUGUCACAAUUGGAGCCACUGUGCCCACUGGCUUUGAGCAAACAGCUGCAGAUGAAGUGAGAGAGAAAUUGGGGUCAUCUUGCAGAAUCAGCAAAGAUCGGGGCAAGAUAUAUUUUGACAUUGCAGUGGAAAGUCUGGCUCAGGUUCAUUGUUUGAGAUCAGUUGAUAACUUGUUUGUGGUUGUUCAGGAGUUUAAAGAUUACCAGUUCAAAAAUACAAAGGAAGAAGUUUUAAAGGACUUUGAAGAACUGGCUGAAAAACUCCCAUGGUCAGACCCUUUGAAAGUAUGGCAAAUUAACACCAGUUUCAAGAAGAAGAAAACAAAACGCAAAAAGAUAAAUCAGAAUUCAAGUAAAGAGAAGACCGAUAAUGGACAAGGAGACGAAUCAGAUGAGAAAGAUGGUAAAAAGAAGCUUGGCAAUAGUGCUUCAGAUUCGCAUAUCUUAGACUAUUAUGAAAAUCCAGCCAUCAAAGAGGAGGUAUCAACUUUGGUAGGGGAUGUCUUGGCAUCUUGCAAAGAUGAGACUGAUGAAAGCUUAAGAGAAGAAACUGAGCCACAAGUGUGGAAGUUUAGAGUCACAUGCAACAGAGCAGGAGAGAAACAUUGCUUUACCUCAAAUGAGGCUGCAAGAGAUUUUGGGGGUGCUGUUCAAGAUUAUUUUAAGUGGAAAGCUGAUAUGACUAACUUUGAUGUGGAGGUUCUCCUGAAUAUCCAUGAUAAUGAAGUCAUUAUUGGAAUUGCUUUGACUGAGGAGAGUCUCCAUCGCAGAAAUAUUACACAUUUUGGACCUACAACUCUUAGGUCAACUCUUGCCUAUGGGAUGCUCAGGCUCUGUGAACCUAAACCUACUGAUAUAAUUGUUGAUCCAAUGUGUGGAACAGGGGCAAUACCAAUAGAGGGGGCUACUGAAUGGUCUAACUGUUAUCAUAUCGCUGGUGAUAAUAAUCCUUUGGCAGUGAACAGAGCAUCAAAUAAUAUCUCAUCUCUAUUGACGAAGAACCAAAUUAAAGAAGGAAAAACAUCCUGGGGUUUGCCUAUUGAUGCUGUUCAGUGGGAUAUCUGCAAUCUCCCAUUGAGAACUGGCUCUGUGGAUAUUAUCGUAACAGAUAUGCCAUUUGGGAAAAGGAUGGGCUCCAAGAAGAGAAACUGGAAUCUUUAUCCAGCUUGCCUACAGGAGAUGAGCCGUGUCUGCAGACCAGAGACAGGCAGAGCUGUACUACUUACCCAGGACAAAAAGUGCUUUACCAAGGCAUUAUCUGGACUGGGUCACAUGUGGCGAAAGGUUCAUACAGUCUGGGUGAACAUAGGUGGUCUCCAUGCUGCAGUUUAUCUUCUGAAACGUACAUCCCAAGCCUUUGUUCAUCCUUCAGAACAAGAUGGAGGAAGACAUCCUAGAUAAUGCAAAGAAUGAAGAUGUUUAAAAGUAUGUGUAGUUCCUGGGCCAGGUGUGGUGGCGCAUGCCUUUAACCCCAGCACUCGGGAGGCGGAGGCGGAGGCAGAGGCAGGCAGAUCUCUGUGAGUUCAAGGCCAGCCUGGUCUACAUAGUGAGUUCCAGGACAGCUGGGGCUACAGAGAGACCCUGUCUCAAAAAGACCAAAAAAACUAUGUGUAGUUCCUAACACUGGAAAUGUGUUAGUAUGAAAAACUUGCUUAGGAAGAAAAAUAGUGCAGUCUAUAAUACUUAAACUAUACUUCAAAGCUCUUCACUUUGAUUAGCAAAAAAUACGACUAAUAUGAUAUAGUCCAAUGGAAAGCCAAUUAAAGUGCUUGGGAUCUAGGUUUUAGAACACUUAAUAACCUUGUUUUUACACUGUGGUAAAUGGAAAGUCACCUUGGCCUAAAGGGAAGGCAGAAAAUGUAAUUGCAGUUAUCUUAGGCCACAUUUUAUUACCUAUCAAGCCUUGCUGUUCUGUAGCUUAUGUUCUUUACCUCAGCCUCAAAAAACUGAAACAUCAUUAUAUUGUGUCGUUUGCCCCUUAACACACUGAAACCUCAAGAUCUAUAGAAAAGUUUACUAUCUGCCUUAGGUAAAAUAUGUCAGAUUAAUACACAGAAUUAGAACAGGUCUAAGGUUUAUUAAGGGGUGUGUGUGGAUACUUUUGUGACUGUCAGAAGAGUUGUGAAGUCUGGGAUUAACAUGCCAAAUUAAAGGAAUUUUCUUUCAGCAUACAAAGCCUUAUGUUACUUUU